UCAGGAUGUCAUCCAAACGCCCUGCUGAGGAUCAGGGUGGGGGAUCUAGUUCUGGACCCCCAGCAAAGAAGCUGUUAACAAGGUUUGAACCAGUAAGGAUAGGCACCAUAGGGAAUCUGGAAGAACUUGACAUGAAGGUUUUGAGGUUUCAAAACAAGAAGUUAGCUGAGAGAAUAGAACAGAGAAAGAGGGCUGAAGAUGAGUUAAAACGUCGUAUCGACCAGCUGGAGAACCGACAGAGGACUGACGAUGCUGUUCUUAUGAUUGUCAAUAGAUACUGGAACCAGCUUGAUGAAGAUAUCAGAGUUCUUUUGCAAAGAUUUGAUGCAGAGACUGCAGAUGAAACUGAAACUAAAAAUGAGAGUGAUGAAACAAAAGCAUUCUUGACCUUGUUGUCGACAUGGGAUAAACAAGAACUGGAACAAAAACUAGGUCAGCGUGUGGAAUUCUCCAAACGUGCCAUAGGAAAGCUGCUGCAGGCUUUUGACAGACUGCUACAGAGAAAUGAGAAACUUAACAAAGGCAUACAGGAGAAGGUCAACAAAGAGGUCAAGGAACUAGAGCUGUCUGCCAGCGGAAUAAAGAAGGAACCAAGUGACAUCAAAAUGGAGGUAGAGGAGAAGAAGGAACCAGAGGAAGACUUAGGGGAGAAGGCGGUCAAAAUGGAGGAAGAUGGGGAGACCAAGGCCGAGUCAGAGGAGAAAAAGGAGGAGACUGAAAAGCCAGAAAUCAAGAAAGAAGUAGAAACAACAGAAACUGAUGUGAAACCCGCAGUGAAGGAAGAGGAGGCCUCAGAAGAGAAGCCAGAAAUUCUGUCACUGCAGGAAAUUGUCAAGGAAGAGCUGGCAGAACUUCAGAGGGAGAAUCGUCGUCUUCACAAUAAUGCCACUUACUUACACCAGAGACAUCACGAGCACACGUUAGAGGUUGCAGAGCUGCAGGAUAAAUUAACAGCUGCAGAAACGGAGAUUGCUGAACUUAAGAACAAGAUGGAUGACCUUCAGUAUUAUCAUGGCUGUGCCAGCCAGCAGGUAGACAAACUUGAUCGACAUUUGAAUGACGCCAUGCAGAAGCUGAAAAGUUUUGAGGACACAACCAUUGUCCAUGAUGUGUCAGGCAAAGGUGUAACAGGAGUAGCCAAGAGCAAGUUUGAUGAGAUAAACUAUGAGUUGGAAGAGCAGAGAGAACUAGCCACCAACAGAAUGACGGAACUGGAGAAACUCAGCAAAGAGCACCAGGAAGCGCUGCAGGAAGUGGAGAAACUCAAAAUGGAUCUUCAGCACUUACCCGAGAGUGUGAUUGUGGACACCACAGAGUACAAAUGUCUCCAGUCCCAGUUCUCUGUGCUUUAUAAUGACAGCAUGCAGAUCCGGACCCAGCUGGAGGACACCCGGAACUUACUCCAGACCAGCAAGAAUACCCAUCUCAGGCAUCUGGAACAGCUGGAGUGUGAUGAGCUAGAGACCCAGAAAAAACUCAGAGCUGAGUGCAUUCAGUUGGAGGAUAAUUUGGCACAGGUCAGGAGGGAAUAUGAAAUGUUGAGGAUUGAGUUUGAACAAACUUUAGCUCAGAAUGAGCAGACAGCUCCCAUCAAUCAUGAAAUGAGAAACCUGAUCCAGAGUUUACAGAAACAUAAUCAGCAGUUAAAAGCUGAGGCCAGCCGCUCCAGACGCAGAGCCAGGGAAAUCCAGACAGAAAUGAAUAAGAUGAAAGCGGAGGGAUUUAAACCAGAGGAAAAACAAGAACAAGCAGAAAAUCCAGCAGGGGGUAGUGUUCAGGGUGAUUCUGGGGGAUCAGGAGGGGGAGGGGAACCAGGGACUGCCACGCCCACCCAGUCAGUGCCCUCACCACCACACACAGGCACCAAGACUGAGGGGGAGCCAGGGAAGGAGGAGGAUAAGGAAGACUUUGAGUACAGGGAAAAAGGGAAGACUGACCUUGAGGUCAUAAAAGAACUAAGGGCUCAGCUUAAGCAAGCCCAGGCCAGUCAGAAGGAACUGAAGCUUCUACUGGACAUGUACAAAAGUGCUCCUAAAGAACAACGAGACAAAGUACAGUUGAUGGCAUGUGAAAAGAAAUUCCGUCAAGAAAUUGAUGAUCUCAAAGCUCAGAUCAAAAGAAUGCAGGAAAAUGAAAGAAAGGAAAAGAGAAAGCUGGCAGAGGAGGAUGCCAUUAAAAAGAUCAGUAAAAUGGAAGAAAAAAUUACAGAGCUGUCCAAGAAUUUGGCAACUCAGAAACAGAGAGAAGAAGCCUUGUUGAGUGAGAUGGAGGUCACAGGACAAGCUUUUGAAGACAUGCAGGAACAGAACAUGAGACUUCUACAGCAACUGAAGGAGAAAGAUGACGCUAACUUUAAACUCAUGUCAGAGAGAAUAAAAGCCAAUCAAAUCCAGAAGUUACUGAGAGAAGAGAAGGAGGUUCUUGCUGACCAGGUGGUGACCUUACAGUCUCAGGUGGAGGCCCAGAACCUAGUGGUCCGUAAACUAGAGGAGAAGGAACAGAUCUUACAGAACACUCUCUCAACAAUGGAAAAGGAGCUAGGAUUAACUCAGCAGGCAAUGGAGAUGCAUAAAAGAAAAGCUGUGGAAAGUUCACAAACAGCAGCAGACUUAAAACUUCACCUUGACAAAUACCAGGCCCAGCUCAAAGAGGCUCAGGUCUCUGUAGCUGAAAAAACGGGGGCACUGGAACAAGAAUCCUUCAAGUACAAACGCAUGCAGGAGGAGAUAGUGAAGCUACAGAGGAAGCUGGAGAGAAGUAAAAAGAUUGAAAUGGCCGGAGCGGCAGAUGAGGUCUUAAUGGCGGAAAUAGCGGAGUACAAGGAACAACUGACUUGUCCAUCCUGCAAAGUGAACAAGAAAGACGCAGUUUUAACAAAGUGUUUUCAUGUGUUCUGUCUGGAAUGUUUAAAGACUCGCUAUGAGACGAGACAGAGAAAGUGCCCCAAAUGUAAUGGAGGCUUUGGUGCCAAUGACUAUCACAGACUCUACAUAUCCUAGCAGAGCAACAGUCAAUCUGGUGGAGAUAUAUGUGUGUGUGUGAGUGAGUGAGUGUGAACAGUGAGGAAAAGCAUUUCUAAGAGAGGGAUCAAUUUUUCAUUUCACAGUUUUGUACCAUCUUGUCAGUUAUUAGAAAUUGUUGCUACAUGAACUUACGAUGAAAGAAGCAUAUAUCACUACAUGCUAAACAUUUUUAUGUUUACUCAUACCAUGUAUCACGUGUGUGUCUGUAUAGUAUGUCAAAAAGGAAUUAAAGAGAUGUAUGUAAAAUCAAUUUAGAUCUGAUGUCAGAUUCUAUGUAACAUUAAAGUUCAAGAUGUGUGUAUUGUGUGCAGAUUGUGUUAUGAUGUUUCAUACACACAUUUCACAGUAUUGUGAAUAAAUUGAUUUUAUAA